AUGGCUGAUCAUGUAUCAGACGCGUCACCUCUAAUUCCUCCGUUACCGAUCACCGAACCCAGCGAGAUCGACCUUGAAGCCGGUCCCGGCGAGCAAAUUCAGUGCCGUAUUUGCCUCGAAACUGACGGUAGGGAUUUUAUCACACCUUGCAAGUGCAAAGGAACAUCAAAGUAUGUACAUCGGGAAUGUUUGGAUCAGUGGCGAGCAGUGAAGGAAGGUUUUGCAUUUGCACACUGCACAACCUGCAAGACUCCCUACCAUUUGAGAGUUCAUGUUGCUGCUGAUAGGAAAUGGCGAACUCUGAAAUUUCGAUUCUUUGUGACUAGAGACAUCGCGUUUAUAUUUCUGGCUGUUCAGCUUGUAAUUGCUUCACUAACAUAUUUGGUGUACCUAAUUGACACUUAUCAAAAGUCUUGGCUUCGUCUCGCUUGGGGCUUUGAUAGUGAGCUUAGUUUCUACUACAUAUGUGGAGCACUAUUAUUCUUUGCUUUGCUGGGGCUGUCUGGGUGCUUCAUAACUUGCUAUGAUAGAAGAGUACGCAAUGAUUUGGCUCAGCCUUGUCGAGAGUUAUGUCUUUGUUGCUGCCAGCCUGGAGUAUGUGCAGACUGCCAUUUACCUGGCACUCUUUGUAUGUGGACUGACUGUACCACUUGCUUUGAAAGCUGUGCAAGUGCAGCUGGUGAAUGUGGUUGCUUAGGUGGUGCUGGUGAAGCAGGGUUACCAAUAUUGUUUAUAAUGGCUUUGAUCGUGCUUGGACUAUUUACUGUGAUUGGCAUAUUCUACAGCGUUUUGGUGGCGACAAUGGUUGGACAACGAAUUUGGCAGCGGCAUUAUCAUAUACUUGCGAAAAGGAUGCUAACAAAAGAAUAUGUUGUUGAGGAUGUUGAUGGUGAAAUGAUGGGAUUGGACUGGUCUCCUCCACCACUUCCAACUGAACAUGUUCUGCAGCUGAAAAAUCUGGGCCUUCUCCAGUGGGUUUGCACCUGGCAGUUCGACGAAGCUGCCCUGCUGCAAGAAUUGGUGGGCGGUCGCAGGACAGCUGAAAACCACUGCUUGCAGUUUUCGGAACCACUGCUUGCAGUUUUCGGAACUGACCAAACCAUCCACCGUAACACAUAA